AUGGCUAUAAAAUUAUCUCUUGCACUUAGUUGGGUUGAAGGCGACGAGAAGCAAGCGACCAAAAAAGUAGAUAGAAGAACUUUGCUGAGAACGAGCUGUAUCAGCAGAUUGAAGCAAAGGAAAAAAAACGAAGCAAAAAAGAAAUUUUAUGACAUUCGAGAAUACUCUCCACAACAUAAUACGAGUAAGUUAAGUCUGUGA